UUAUAGUAAGCACGAGAGUUUAGGCUACUUCCUGGGUGAAAGUCCAACUGUCAUUGAUCACCUACGGGUAGAGAUGGCAAAAUUUCUAUUUGUGACAAUAUGCACUGUUGCAAACUUGUUUGCCUUUCUGCCAGUGAUACACGGCAAUAAUUUUGAGACAAAAGCCACACAGUUCUUCAGCAGUGGUCACACCAACAACUGGGCCGUCCUGGUGUGCACGUCCAGAUUUUGGUUUAACUACCGUCAUGUUGCCAACGUUCUAUCAGUGUACAGGAGUGUGAAGAGAUUGGGCAUCCCAGACAGUCACAUCGUGCUCAUGCUGGCCGAUGACAUGGCGUGUAACCAUAGAAACCCUAAGCCGGCCACCGUGUUCAGCCACAAGAACAUGGAACUGAACGUGUAUGGCGACGACGUGGAGGUGGAUUACCGUGGUUAUGAGGUCACUGUGGAGAACUUUCUGCGAGUCCUGACAGGAAGACUCCCUCCCAGCACCCCUCGGUCCAAGAGGCUGCUGUCUGAUGACCGCAGCAACAUUCUCAUCUACCUGACUGGUCACGGUGGAAACGGUUUCCUGAAGUUCCAGGACUCGGAGGAGAUCAGCAACGUAGAGCUGGCGGACGCCUUUGAACAGAUGUGGCAGAAGCGAAGGUACAAUGAGUUGCUGUUCAUAAUUGACACAUGCCAGGGGGCCUCCAUGUAUGAGAGAUUCUACUCCCCCAAUAUUAUGGCUCUGGCCAGCAGCCAAGUGGGGGAGGACUCGCUCUCCCACCAGCCAGACCUGGCCAUAGGGGUUCACCUGAUGGACAGAUACACUUUCUACUUACUGGAAUUCCUGGAAGACAUCCAUCCUGCCAGUCAGGCUAACAUGAAUGAUCUGUUCAAGGUAUGCCCAAAGAGCCAGUGUGUGUCCACUCCGGGUCACCGCACCGACUUGUUCCUGCGAGAUCCUGGAAGUGUCCUCAUCACUGAUUUCUUUGGCAGCGUCCGUAAAGUGGAGAUCACCCGCGAGGCCAUCAACCUGACAAAUCCCACAGAGCUGCCGCAGGACCUGACGUCUCUAAGGAAUGAACUGAAGAGUGAAGCCCUGUUUUAUGUAGACCAGUUACCAGUAGCUGAUAUCAUUCAUCAGAAGCCCAAGCAGAAGGACUGGCACCCUCCUGACGGCUUUAUCCUCGGCCUGUGGUCCCUCAUCCUGCUCGUGUUCUUCAAGACCUAUGGCAUCAAGCACCUCAAGCACAUCUUCUGAGAAGCCCACUGUCUCAGGCCUGCAGACACCACCCUCACCUUCCUGGAAUGCUUGAGCGACCUCCUCUGCUUGGUGAUCUUUUUUUUGGGGGGGGGGGGGGGUUGUGUCCCUAAUUAAAAUUUAACAGUGGUGGGUUUAUUGUCAGCAGAGGUUCUGGGGGAAAUGGUCUAGUGCCUUUUAAAUGGGAUGAGGACUUUCCAGAGUGACACACACUGACUGCUGAUUUUGGACGCUCCUUUUUUGUCCUUUGUGGACUGUAAUCUCGUUGGAUUUCAGUGCAAAGGCUUUUCUUUUGAAAUCAGGGGACACACAGAAGCUUCCUGCUGGGUAAAGCCCACUUUUUGGAUGAGUUUUGUUUUCAUACCACUUUUUUCACUCCUUUUAUUCUCAGAUACAGUCAGCCAAGGACAAACUAAUUUCCGUCAAGCUCACUGUGAAAGUUUUGCAUUCGGUUCAAGAGAGGACCACUUUUGGUUUGCAGUGACAAGCUGUGUACUUUCAACUGUUACUGUAGUAAUGCUACUUAGAAUAUCUGAAAUGUUCAUUUGUAAUGGACAUUGUCAAUUUGUUAAUAUUGUAGUCUUUUAAUGUUUUGUUAAUACCGUUAAGUGUACAUUUUGUUUUGACUAAUUUUUUGCUCUUUAUUUAAGAAACCUAUAGUGAUGGACUAAACCAGGGUUCAUGUAUCUUUGUAAUUUGCUAGGAUGUUCACUUCUAACACUGCACCUUGCCUGACUCGAGUAGUACUUGGAAGUUUUGCUUUUGCCUAUAUAUGUAAACCUGUUCAGAAUUUGUGGCCAGGAGUGGCUGGGAAUCUCUAGAAAAAUAUUGGAAAUGUACACGCAGGCAUACAAUUCAGUCUCAGCCCAGAAGCUGAGUGAGCAGAAUCAGUCCAUUUAACUCCACUCCUCCAAUGGUACAGGCUUUUAACGGGGUCGCUGCAUACACCCCCUGCCCGCCCACUCUCUAGCUACAUAAUGCGUGCGAAGGAAAGAUUGACAAAUCAAGGGAUAGCCACAGAUGGAAAUGUCACUGUGUUUUCUCAUUUCCCCACAAGUCUGUCUAAUGCGCUGGAUGCCGAUGCCGUCUCCGCAGCCCGGUAGCGGAAAUCGACUGCGGUGUGUGUGAAAGCUGGCCCUGCAGCGUCAGCAACUCAAUCUGUCUGAUGCAUAAUGAAGAGGAAGAAAGGGUUUUCUUUUUUAUUCUUCACUCUUUUUGUUUUUUGUUUGUUUUUCAACUUUAGGUCUCACAGUGCCUCCCCCACCCCCUGCUUUUGGGUAAAACCAGAAGCUUCGAGAGCUGUUCUGAAUAAAGAUGACAAAGACAUUC